AUGUCUCCUCGCACCUGUCUGACGCUAGAACAAAAGCUCCAAGUGCACCUAAAGCUCGAGCAGAAUCCUGGCAUGAACAACCCCAUGCACGCCGAGUGGAUCUACGCAACUUUCAAGGCCCGGGUCAGCCAUGCCACACUCGCCCGACUGCGCAACCUGCCUUCUUCCUACUUCAGCCACGUCGACCUGAGUGCGACCAAGCGGCGCCGAGUGAAAUUCCCUCAGUUCGAGCGGGAACUGAGGGAUUUUUUCUUUGAGAACGAAGCUAAAACGGCGAUGGCGGACGACCAUCGAGGGCCGCUCUUCAAGCUGACGGUGAACCCCGGUGGCCAAGCUGCUGCCGCGGCGCAGCUCAAAGAGCGCUUUAUCUCGACGUCAGCCGGCGCCAGCGCCCGCGAUCGCGACCCCGCUCAACCCCCAGACGAGUUCCUGCGAAGACUCAGCACCAGCUACGUCGUCGCGGACGCCUUCGUGUGCCUCGUGGUGUCGCUGCUACUGCAGCUCGUUACCCACCUGCAGGGCUCGGGCGACUCACUGCUCAGCCACCUGUACGCGCUGAUCUUCGGUAAGAUGGAGCCCGAGGGCGUGUACCGGAUCAUCAGCAUCACGCAGCGCUUCAGCUCCGAGGGCCACAAGAUCUGGGACUACGAGCAGCAGAACCACCUGCUGCAGAAGGCCAUCUCGCUUUACCUGGCCGACAAGAAGACGAACAAGACGCUCGCGGACGGCGAAGACGACGGCGAUGACAUGAGUCCUCGUACGACUCGGACGAUGGCGAGGGCUACUGCGGCGCUGUGGACGGAGAACGAGUGGAUCGAGGUGGAGGAGGGCGUCCAGUUCAAGCUCGAGACCGUCGAGCCCGAGGACAAGAAGGAAAAGAAGACCAAGACGCUCACGGAGACCAACGACAUGGAGCGCAAGCGAUACACCAAGGGCACGCUCCACUACUACUGCAUCCAGACUGGCGGUUCUAGCAUUCUGGAUAAGGUCGCGCAGAUGAAGUACAAGCUGUACGCGCUUGGCAAGAAGACGCUGGACAACUUCUUUUUCGAGGAGAUGGAGGGCGUGUUGCAUCCGGUCGACAACUUCGAGUCGCGCUCGGGCAACAUUCUCGACGCCGGCCAUAUCGUGACGAUUUCGCUCCACAAUAUCCACACGAACCAGCAGCUGCUGGACGCUCUUCGACAGAAGUUCGCGGUGCAAGGAUUGGAUUCGCCGGUCGAGAUGGAUUUCGAGGACGUGUUUGUUAUGGAAGACAUCGACUGCGCGUUCUCCAUCGUGAACGCCCGCAUAGACAGCGACACGAAGGCAAGCGAGGCCGCGCGCAUGUUCGACAGCCAGAAGAAGGCAAUGGUGGAGGUCCCCGAGGACGGAGGGGCGGCCCCCAUGCUCAAGCCGAAGGACUUGAAGACAAGCUGA